AGUAACUUUAGACCAGUUUUCCCGAACGAAAAGUAGUAGUUUUAGUUUGCAGUGGGUUUUUUGUUAAUUCCCGAUAAAAUCAUUGUUUUGGAUCCACGGUUGAUUAAAAAAGAAGAAGCUUCUAUGAGAACAAAGUAGGAUGUUAAAAAAAAGUAGCCAGACGGAGCGGUUUGAUUGGAAAAGGGGCAAAGAGUGCUGUGGCGAUAUUGUUGGUAGCCUCGACUAAGGUUGCAAUGUCCCAGCCGGAGCAGAAAGAGAACCUCGAUCCUCAGUCCUAUUCACCACAAGAACAGAAAGAGAGCCUCGAUUCUAAGUCUCAUUCACCACAAGGACAGUCGGACUCCAACCAGAAGUGCUUAACCGAGGUAAACCCCAAGGCUGUGUGCAGAGUGUGCAAACGCCUGUAUCGGGACCCCAAGAUCCUCCCAUGUUUGCAUUCGUUUUGUGCAGACUGCAUUCGGCAGCUGAACCCCUUUUCUGUCUCCGGACCAAAUGUCAAACAAACGUUGAGUAAGGACGGACAGCCACCCACCGUCGACCAGAAAGUGACCACCGUCCUCUGCCCCGACUGUGACACUGAGGUUGAUCUUCCCCCUUCGGGAGCGGACGGAUUAACCACCGACCACUUGGCCCUGGACGAGGUGUUUCUGCAGACCCUCCUGACUCACAACUCCGUGCGCUGCGACCUUUGCAGUGACGGGGACGCGGAGCUGCGCUGCGAGGUGUGCUGCGUUAACCUCUGUGAGUUCUGCAGCCAAGCGCACAGGAGGCAGCGACGGACGUCCGCCCAUACUGUCCAGAGCGUCCAGGAGCUGAAGGCCCAGGGUCGGCUGUCUCGCCCUGUCCUCUGCUCCCUGCACCCCGCCCAGGAGCUCCGCCUCUUCUGUGAGUCCUGCGACCAGCCCGUCUGUCUGGAGUGCGCUGCCACGUUCCACCGGGAGCACGACUGCAGCGCUGCACGGGACAUUAUCCAUCACCAUGGAGGCCGUAUCCGGGACUUGGUCGUCGGGAGACUGCAGCCGCGCCUUCAGCGUCUGGAGGAGUCCCUGAUGAAGGUUGAAAUCACCCAGGAUGCCUUGCAGGCAAGGAUGGAAGCCACUGCUGAGGAUGUGCGGGCGUUUGCGCGAGGUUAUGCCGCCUCCGUGGAGACGCACUGUCUGUCCCUGCUACGACGCCUCGAGGAGCUGAGGGUGCAGCGCAGGAACCAGCUCCACCUGCAGAAGGUGCAGCUGCAGCAGGCGCUGUCCGACACUCGUGGCGGCGUCCGGUUCGCCGAGAGGCUGCUGGCGUGCGGCUCAGACGCCGAGAUCCUCAACGCCAAGGGGGUCACGCUGGCCCGCCUCACCAGCCUGGUGGAGAGCGGCUACGACCCCAGCCCGGCCACGGUUGCCCCCGACGACAGCAGCAGUAUCCACUUCCUGCCUGGGGAGGGUGCAGGGGAGGUGGACGGGUACCCAGUGGUGGGGGUCAUCCAGACGCAGACACUGGACCUCAGCAGGUGCACCAUCGAAGGGGAAGGGGUGCAGGUGGGCAGGCAGGGGCAGCCGGGACACUUCACCUUGGUGUGCCGGGACUCCGCCGGACAGCCGCUGGGUCGCGGCGGGGAGAACGUUCUGGUCAGCAUCAUAAACAAGGACAAGAAGAACUGCAUGGUGGAGGCUACGGUGUUUGAUAAAAACGACGGUAGCUUCUCUGUUUCCUACACGCCGGCAGAACCUGGGAGCUACUCUGUGUGGGUCUGUGUUAAAGCACAACAUGUCAAGGGUUCUCCCUUCCCACUGACCGUGACCAGGCGGUUGAGGCGUCAUGCCGGAACGUUCCACUGCUGCACCUUCUGCUCCAGCGGGGGGGCUAAAGACGCCCGCUGUGGCUGUCCUGGAACCAUGCCUGGAGGGUUCCAGGGCUGUGGUCAUGGCCAUAAGGGCCACCCUGGGCAGCCUCACUGGUCGUGCUGCGGGAGCACACAGGAACAGUCUGAGUGCCGGGCCCCUGGCCAUAGGCCAGUGACGCCGACCGUGCGGGGCCAACUGCGCACAGUGGAGCUCUGAGCCAAUGGAAUCAUCACGCCGUGUUGCGCCAGGCAGGGGGAUGGAGGUUUGGAACGCUAAUCACAGCCAUACCACAAGCUUGUGAAUGGAAAGAAAGUAGGAGGCCACUUUGUAGACAGUACAUGUGCUAAAACAGCACUAAACCAUUAUAGAGGUGAGGAAAAGUAAAUUGAUGAUCUCUUCUGAAUUCAUUAAUUUUCAAUUUGCUAAAAACCAGCAGACAGAUUAGUAUUUAGUAGGUGAACUGAAUUAAAUAUGUCUGUUAACUAUAAUAGCAGUCCUUUACACCAUUGGGGAAUGACACGCUUCAAGUGCUAAUGAGUCGUUUUACAGUAGUCGUGGUCACUUUUUGCACCUGAAUUUAUUUAGAAGAAUAUUGACUGGAGGUCAAACAUAUUGAACUCUGUAUCACAUACGGAGGGAAUUGAAAAAAGGCUGGAACUACACAAACGGUAUUAUUUCUACUGCUAGUGUUUGAUUUGACACCAGUGCAUUUUCCGAUAAUGAACUGGGGUUCAAAUCAAACACUAGCAGUUAGCCUUAUAGAAGGCUGCACUCUCAUGCAAAUAUAUGGCCUGUUAAGCCCUUUGAGACUGUACUGGUGAUUAAGGAAAAAAAUAAUGCAGGCCCCCCACAUUUAUUGCUGUGUCCUGUGUCAUCAUGUGGAUAUACAAGGCUGAGAUUCCCAUUCAUUUUUAUUCCCUCUCGAAUGUUAGGACUACAGAGAUAUACACAAACCUAGUAUUUUUUAUUAGUGUUUUUUUUACAUGUAUGAACACUGCCAUUAUUUAUGUUUGUUAAAAUCCCUCACAAUCCUAUGUUUUCUAUCCACUGGUCCAAAACGUCUAGGCAUACAUAUUAAACAUUUGUAUCUGUUAAAAUGAAUCUGUAAUAUGAAAUAAACCUAUUUUAAUUGUUCAA